CCGAGUGCGUGGCGCGUCGAUCGCCGCUAGAGGGCAGAAAACGUCACGUAAACAAGCCGGGAUAAUUUCCCGUAAUUAUUACUUCACAUAAAAUAGAUAAAUAAAUAAAUACAAUCUAAGGUGGUAAUAAAAUUCAUUAAUACUGUUUUUUUUUAUCCGACGAAACCGUAACCCAGCAACUGCAGAAAUAUUUAACAGCUCCGCUUUUGUUUUUUUUAAUGUAUUAUUCUGAUUGGUGAAGCCGGCAUGUCGCGUACAGCUCCUGGUUUGUGACUGGAGGACGCUGCCGUCACUCUGUGCGAGGGGCGGUGUUGGCCCCGCCCCUGGUUGCGUAGCAGCGGCGCUCAGAGCCCGGAUCUGCUGUCUGCUCUGUGAGGGCAGCGCUAUGGAGGACUCGGCUCUUUAAACCGUGACUUUAAAAAGCAGCCGGGACCCGGGGGAAACUGCGCGGAUCAGCCCUCUCCAGUGUGAAGAGAGUGAACGUCAGGAGGUUUAAAUGUGAUUCUCUAGCGAGCCGGGGGGUUUCCAGUGACUGGGAGGAUGAGAAGUGCUUCAUUCUGAGGGUCUGCAGUCCGGUAAUGCGCGAUGGGCUACGAUGUCACUCGCUUCCAGGGGGAAGUGGACGAGGACCUCUUGUGCCCCAUCUGCAGUGGAGUCUUGGAGGAGCCGGUCCAGGCUCCUCACUGUGAACAUGCAUUCUGCAACGCCUGCAUCACACAGUGGUUCUCACAGCAGCAGAUCUGCCCCGUGGACCGCACCGUGGUCACACUCGCCCACCUGCGCCCCGUCCCCAGGAUCAUGCGCAACAUGCUGUCCAAGCUGCAGAUAACCUGCGAGAACUCUGUGUUCGGCUGCAAGGCUGUGCUGCGGCUGGACCAGCUGCAGUCGCACCUCAAGGACUGCGAGCACAACCCCAAGAGACCGGUCCUGUGUGAGGAGGGCUGUGGGCUGGAGAUGCCCAAAGACGAGUUGCUGAACCACAACUGCAUCAAGCACCUCCGGACCAUGGUGCAGCAGCAAUCCACCAAGAUAGGGGAGCUGGAGAGGACCGCCGCGGAGCACAAACACCAGCUAGCGGAGCAGAAACGGGAUAUUCAGUUAUUAAAAGCGUACAUGAGGGCGAUCCGCAGCGCCAACCCCAACCUCCAGAACCUCGAGGAGACCAUCGAGUACAACGAGAUUCUAGAGUGGGUGAACUCCCUUCAGCCAGCCCGCGUGACGCGCUGGGGAGGGAUGAUCUCCACCCCGGACGCUGUUCUCCAGGCCGUGAUCAAGCGCUCGCUCAUCGACAGCGGCUGCCCCAUGUCCAUCGUGAACGACCUCAUCGAGAACGCGCACGAGCGCAACUGGCCGCACGGCCUGGCCACGCUGGAGACGAGGCAGAUGAACCGUCGCUACUACGAGAACUACGUGGCCAAGCGCAUCCCUGGCAAGCAGGCGGUGGUGGUGAUGGCCUGCGAGAACCAGCACAUGGGCGAGGAUAUGAUCCUGGAGCCCGGGCUGGUACAGAAGGAAUCGAGCACUCGCUGUUCAAAACGGCUGCGAGAGCGCCUCGAGGAGGAGGAGGAGACUGGAUCCGACCCGUCCCGGCUGCGAGAGCGCCUCGAGGAGGAGGAGGAGACUGGAUCCGACCCGUCCGUACAUUUGAAACCCUGGUUCAUGCAAAACCUCAUUGCACAAAAUGAAGCCAGCAUUGCUUUUAUUUGUGGGACACAUGUCCCUUGUACCUCAGAGAGUUAACUGGUUCCUAAGGGUGGGCUUGUAAAACCCCGGGCUGGGUGCAGGGCCCUGCUCCAGCUCUUCGGCAGUGUGCUUGUAAUGGGUGACGCUCGUUCAAGCCUGGAGCAGCUGGUCGUGUGAGAGGGGUCCGGGAGCUGCGCAGAGGUGCACUAACAAUCCCACGGGGGAGAGUCACUCCAAGCGCAGGGCCGCUGCAAAUCUCAUUUUAAAAAGUGGGUCAAGUGCUACAGACCACCGCGCAUUGCUGCGUGAAUCUGUACCGUGAUGAACACCAGACAGUGCGAGUGGGAAACAUUGUCAUUAGAAGUAAGUCUUCGUGGGGGGGGGGGUCUCUCUGGUGUCCCUGUUUUCGACCCCUCGAGUUGCCUGGUUGUCUUUGAGGGAGUGUUAAGGAGUUCAAUCUCACUGCGUUUUCAGUCCGGUCUGUCUAAUAUCUUGCACAGCCCCAGCUGUGAAAGUGUGUCAUUUUAAUAAAUAAAAACACGGUUUGGUAUGCGUGUGUACUUUCAAUGAGAACUGAAAUAAUUAUACUGAAAAAAAAAAGAGAAUUCAACACGGGGCGCGUUCACAUCAAUGCGCGAACAGUGCUUCUGGAAGACUUCAAUAAAAUACGUCUCUAAAAAAAUUAAUCUAUAUCAUUAAUCAAAACGAGCUUUAAAAAAAAAAAAAAAAAAAAAACAAAAAAAAACCAUCCAGCAAUCGCUCUGAAUGCAAACAGCCAAACUCGACACCGAGAAGUGGCGCUCAGCCCGGGGUGAGAACGUGUUUGUGCGCUCCGUUAUUUUGCGUUUUAUUUUAAAGUGAAAGUUUGGGGAUCCAUCUGCUUGAUUUGCCGAUUUUCUGCUCCUUCAUCUUCUUGUGAUUAUUUUUUUGGAACGUGUUUCUUUGCUGUUUGAAAAUGUGAAUUGUGUAGCUAGCGUAGAAAGUGUGUGCGUGAUGUGAUUUCUGCUCCUCUGAGUUACCCAUACAUAGCAGAAGAUCUUUAAAGAAAUACUAUAUAAAAGAAUAUGUCUGCUCUAGCAUGGCGUGUGCCCUGCUUCUUCGCGUAGGUUCAUUACAGUAUAAUGAAUAUUGAGUCUGUCUGUCGCCCUCCUUGCGUCUUCAUAUCAGCUGAUAAUGUAGAGCUCUCUGUACAGCGGCUUCAUAAGAAAGCUUUCCCCAGUGCUCACCGGAGCGCCGGACCGCCGCUUCCUCUGCAAGUCCAGGCGCUGAGAGGGGCGCGGCGUGCCUGGGGCUCUGCGGGGGUGUGGGGGUGCAGACGCUGCGCUUCGCUUCACUCAUGAGAGCAGAGGUGCUGGGGACCCCCAGAAAUCCCAGCCUGUAAAUCACUUGUUCCUUCUAUUGUGGGUGUGUGUUGUUUUUUUUUCAAUUAGAUCAAUUGAACUUGUUUUGCAAUAUGUUAUUGUACAAGCUAUUUAUAUUUUAAAUAAAACUUGCCAAUAAAAGUGGAUGACGGGCGCGUCAA